AUGCAACGUGUCAAGUACUUCAUAUGUUUUCAAGGCGUCAUGAGGCGCACACUGUCCAGUGCUGCGUUUUUGUUUCGUUCCUAUGGGUUGAUUAACCAAAUCUUCAAACUUCAUCGCCGAGAUUUGUGCACAUCCCGUCGACCAGAACUGGACUUCGAUUUUCUUCUGGAUGAUUCCAAUUUGGAGGCAAUUCGAAGAAAUAUUGCAGAGAGGAAAGGCGUGGGCGACAUUGACACUGUACGUGCGAAGUGGACUGAGCUGAACAAGGUGAUGGAUGCAAAAGAAAAACCUGAUAUUAAUGAAGAACGUCUCAAAAGGAUGUGGGAUAAUUUUUACCAUGAAGCUUUGCGUAUACCCAACAUGUCACAUCCGGAUGUGCCAAGAGGUGAUGAGAAAAAUGCGAAGGUACUGUGUACGUGGGGUACAAAACGUGAGGGUCCAUGCGUUACGGCUGAGGAACUAGUUCAUUCAUGGCGAACGUUAUUUUAUCCCACGGAUGCAUCAGGGGAAAGAAGUUAUGCUUUUGUAGGUGCUCUUGCAAACCUCGAACGAGCACUGCUUGAAUAUGUCUUUGACCGCGUAUGUGUGCUGGACUUUAAACCGAUUUCUGUGCCUGAUCUUGUUUCUAAAGAGGUUACUGAAGCGUGCGGCUUAUUUCAAAGUUCACCGAAAAGUAUUCAGUAUUCACUAGAAGAUGAACCAAAUGUGGUGCUUUCGGGUACUGGAGAGAUGGGCGUUGCAUCUUGUUUGCAGAAUCAAAUUGUUGAUGAAGAACGACUGCCUUUACGAUUUGUAACUAUGAGCAGGUGUUAUCGUCCUGAAAUAAGCAAUUCUGCCCAUGAAGCGAAGCUCUACCGCGUACACGAAUUCAACAAGGUUGAAAUGUUUGUGAUUUGUACACCGGAUCAAAGUGAUGGCGAACUAAAUUACCUUGUUGAAAUUCAGAAGGGGACAUUCGAAUCACCGCGAACUUUUGAUGACGUUGAAUGCAUGACACAAUUAGAUAUGCCAAGUGAGGAGUUGGGAGCUCCAGCUGCUAGAAAAGUGGAUAUAGAGGUGUGGAUGCCUGGACGAGAGAUUUUUGGUGAAGUUUCGUCCGCUAGCAAUUGUACUGAUUACCAAGCAAGGAGAUUGAACAUUCGUUACAAGACAAAGUCGGACACAAAAGAAUUUGUCCACACCUGCAACGGUACUGCUAUCGCCUCAACUAGAACAUUAAUUGGUUUGCUAGAAUCGUUUCAAACGGUAUGUUUUCAAAUAUUUAAAGUUCGAUUAUUCUUUGCGUUUAUAUCACACACGUAUUAA